AUGUCGUUUGGGGGUUAUAAAAUGUUUCCUCGUAGAGAGGAUGGUUCUUCAUCUGGUGAUGGAUUUGAAAAUCUAGAGGAAAAUCCUUUUUAUAACUUAAAUAUAAAAGAUAAUAAAGGUGGCCAUGAUGAAACCCUGACUGUUGAGGAGCAGGAGAAACUCAGAUUAGAAAGAGAUAUCAUUCAAAUCCCUAAGUCAAACAAGGUUGAAGAAGAGAAAGGAAGAGGUAAAGAAAGUACCAUAACAACCCGUAGGUAUAGUCCCCCUCACCUAAGAAACUUGGAACAACCAUUUAGGGUUUAUAAUAAUCCAUUAUCAGAUGUUGUGGAUAAUAAUUAUGAAAAGAAGGAUAAAUGGAAAAAUAUACCCUACAAUGAAAAUAGAAACCAGUAUAAUUAUGGACAAUACAAUAAUCAUAAUGAUGAAAGAAGAACUAACAGUGGGGAAAUUGUUGGUGAUUGGAAUGGUAGAGAUAGGAUCAACAAUGCAAGCAAUAAUAGGGGGAAUUAUGGUAACAAUGGAAACUAUGGCCACAAUGGUAAUGGGAAUGAUCAAAAUAGAAAUAACAAUAAUGGUGGAGGUAACAAUGGAAACAAUGGUAAUAAUGGAGGAAAUAGAAAUUACCAAGCUAACAACUAUGGUGGCAGACCACCUAUGACCAUUGAAAGGUACAAACACUUGGAUUUCAGUGAGAUGGUUGGAUAUCCUAAUCAGAUUUCAAAUGAUUUAAGAUCAGCUAUCACUAAAUUCAUCGGAAAUGGAACUGAUUUUGCAAAAUAA